AUGGCGUGUACAAAUAAUGUAACUGAGUUAAUUUUCAGUGGUCUUUUUGAGGAUCCAGAGGUGCAGAGAGCGUGUUUUGUGGUCUUUCUCCCUGUGUACUUGGCCACGGUGGUGGGCAAUGGCCUCAUUGUCCUGACGGUUAGAGUCAGUAAGAGCCUGCGUGCCCCCAUGUACUUCUUCCUUAGUCACCUGUCGCUGGUGGAGAUCAGUUACUCCUCUACAAUUGUCCCCAAAUUCAUCACAGACUUACUUUCCAAGAUUAAAACCAUCUCUCUGGAGGGUUGUCUGGCUCAGAUAUUCUUCUUUCACUUCUUUGGGGUCACUGAGAUCCUCUUGCUGGUGAUGAUGGCUUAUGACCGCUAUGUGGCCAUCUGCAAACCUCUUCAUUAUACGAGCAUUAUGAACCGUCAACUGUGUUACAUAUUAGUAGCUGGUUCCUGGCUUGGAGGCUUCUUUCACUCCAUAAUUCAGGUUCUCAUCACCAUCCAAUUGCCCUUCUGCGGUCCCAAUGUGAUUGACCACUACUUCUGUGACCUCCAGCCAUUAUUCAAGCUUGCCUGCACUGACACCUCUGUGGAGGGGGUCGUUGUGUUGGCCAACAGUGGCUUAAUUGCUCUGUGCUCCUUUCUCCUCUUGGUGUCCUCAUAUGUUGUCAUCCUGCUCAGCUUGAGGAACCAUUCAGCAGAGGGCAGACGCAAAGCCCUCUCCACCUGCGCCUCUCACCUAAUGGUGGUCACCUUGUUCUUUGGACCUGCCAUCUUCCUCUACAUGCGGCCCGCCUCCACCUUCACUGAGGACAAGCUGGUGGCCGUGUUCUACACGGUGGUCACCCCCAUGCUGAACCCCGUCAUCUACACACUCAGAAAUGCAGAGAUGAAAGUUGCCAUGAGGAGGUUGUGGGCCAAAAAGGAGAACUCAGGGAUGUAG